GGCGGACGAGGAACAACCCCAACAAUUGGAACAAUUACUGGGGACUCGCUAUAAAAGAAGCGUUCAGCACGCAUGCAGACAGACUCUUCAUCCUGACUGGCACAACCACUGGAAAAUUCUCUGAAGCAGUCUCCAAUCAGAGUUGAACGAGGGAACAAGGUUGCUUACGAGUUACUGUACUCUUUUCUUUGCUCGUUUCCACUAAGCGCCUGCUGCUCUUCUUAUCUCUCCGAGUGGCAAUCAACCCGUCUCCGAGGUCUCGUCUCUAUAUCAACCACCUCUCCUCCUCUCAAUUAACCCAUUCAACCACAAUCACCACCACCACCACAACCACAACCACAAAAACCAUCAAAACCACAUUCCAAAAUGAACUACACCACUCCACCCCAAUCCCUAACCUCAUCCCCAUCACCAUCAUCAACGACAACAACAAAACCAACCACCCGACCAACGCUCUCCCUCGACCUCAGCAACCUCCCCGCCCUAAGCCAACCAACAACCCCCACCAACACCCUGAUCAUCACCGACCUGAACGACCUGCACCUCUUCGACCCCCCGUCCCUAACCGCCCUGCGCAACACCCUGAACCACCUCGCCCCGCUCAACUCCUUCUCCCCGCUGCCCUCCCUCCGCCGCCUCCUCUGCUCCUUCCACACCGACAGCGACGCCCUGUACAUCCGCAAACUGCUCUCGUCGGCCUCACCCACCGAGAACCCCCUGAAAGCCCACACCGCCACCCACUCGACCAAGACCCUCCUCAACCCGAAGGUCUACUUCGGCGAGCCCACCCCGCUGCAAACGGGCCACGACGCCCGCCCCAAACUCCUCGCCGCCCCGCAGGUCGACAAGCUCUUCUUCAUCAGCCCGCCGCCCUCCCCGCCCCACGGCUGGGUCAUGCGCCCCGAGGAUCCCCCCAACAAGGAAGUCCACGCCAGCGAUCUCGCCCACGCGCUGGCCAAACUCAACACGGAGAUAACUCUCACUGAAACCUCCACAGCAGCGCCGGAAACUCCCGUGUCCGCCAUCUCGGACAAGCUGCCGCGCACCGGGAGCUGGCCCGCGACCACCACCACCGCUACCCGCCGCAGCCGCAGCAGUACCCUGAUCUACCACCCCGAAGACCACGGGGGCAGUCCCGGCUUGCCCGCCGUGAUGGUCGAGGAUACGAGCGAGAUCGGCUCAUUGGUGGAUGAUUUGGAUGGCGAUGAGGAUGUCGAGAUGUUGAGCUAUAGUCCCCUCGACGAGGAGGAGACGGGGGGGAUGUCCGUCAAGCGCAUGCCGCCGAAGACGGCGCGGCCGCCGGUCGAGUUGAUGUGAAUUUUUUUU